AUGACCUCUGUGAAAAGCGACGACACGCAGAUUGGCGCUCCCCAAGAGGCCAUUAAUGAGUUUUGGGACAACCUCAUCACGAAGCAACCGGCAAAGGUGACCAAGAUCUUUCCGUCGAGUUUGUACGCCCAUCUGCUCCCCCCGCAGCGAAAAGAGGGCACUGUCACAGGAAAGAAUGCGGCUGAAUCGUACGAAACGGCAGCUGCGCAAUGUCGCGCUCGCGUUGAACGUGCCGUCAAGGAAUGUAAACGUACGAACGAGAAGUUUACAGAUGCAGACUUCGAUAUUGAAGAUCUAUCGAACAGAAACUGCCUUGAGGGUCUCAUGACUUGGUACAAAGACCCACCGACAGCAACACCAUCAGUGAGCGCAUCGCGACUGGGCAACGCCCUCUCGACUCUGGUCCAAAGUGGAGUAAUCAUGGGUGAUGGUGCAGCAUUCGACUUCAAUACUACGGCCAAGCUGCUGACCAACAGGUCGGGCAACAGUAAAGAUGGUCCGAAUUCCGUGCAUCGCGUUGACUGGAUCUUUGACGAGCCAAAAUUCGAACUUGACGGAUUCUCUAGCUCCGAUUUACGACAAGGCUCGAGUGGUGAUUGUUGGUUCAUUGCUGCCGUUGCGACCAUCUGCAGCAACCCUAAUUUGAUGAACAAGAUCUGUGUUGCUAGAGACGAGAUGUGCGGCGUCUACGGCUUCGUCUUCUACAGAGAUGGAGAGUGGAUCUGGACUGUCAUCGAUGACAACUUGUACCUCCGGUGUAGCGACUUCGACACCGCCUGGGGUGACCGCUAUGACCCAACAAAUGCCAAGGAGACGAAGUAUAAGGAAAAUAACCAGACUGGAUCCGAAGCGCUAUAUUUCGCCUCAUGUGCUGAUGAGAACGAGACAUGGCUCCCAUUGUUGGAGAAGGCUUACGCUAAAGUGCACGGAGACUACGAUUCUAUUGCCGGCGGCUGGAGCGGCGAAGCGGUGGAAGAUCUGACAGGAGGUGUCACAACAAAGAUUCUCACUGAUCGAGUUCUGGACAAACAGCGACUGUGGGAAGAACUGCUUCAAGCCGGGAAAAAGUUCCUUUUCUCAGCAUCAUCGCCUGGUAUGGAUGGAGACGACUCAGAUGCUCGAAGAGGUCUCGCCCUAAGUCACGCUUAUUCCAUCCUCAAAGCAGUGGACGCUGAGGGAGAAGACGGCAAGAAGUAUCAGCUGGUCUUGAUACGCAACCCUUGGGGUAAACGAGCAAAUGCCUCCAUGGGUGAGUGGACAGGACCAUGGUCGGACGGAUCUCGUGAAUGGAAUGCUUACUGGCUGGACAAGCUGGGCCACAAAUUCGGGGAUGAUGGUCUGUUCUGGAUGUCUUAUAAAGAUCUGCUGAAGCGAUUUGAUCUCCUUGACCGCACGCGUCUUUUCAACGAGGAAUGGACUGUAGUGCAGCGCUGGACAAGCGUGCCGGUGGCAUGGGUGACGGGCUAUGUGAACACAAAGUUCUCAGUUGAGAUCAAGAAAUCUGGGCCGACCGUCUUCGUCCUAUGCCAGCUAGACGAGCGCUACUUCAAAGGUCUGGAGGGUAAAUACAACUUCGACUUGCACUUCAUAUUGCAAGAGAAGAAUGCUGAAGCGGGCCACCACAUUGUACGCGCUCGCGGUGCUUGGUUCGGCAAUCGUAGCAUCUCCGCUGAAGUUGAGCUUGAAGCUGGAGCAUACGAAGUUCUCCCGAAGAUCGAAGCAUCGAGAGACGCAGAUGCUCCGGACGCCCCAGAGGUCGUCACUAAACUAGCAGAACGCAACCCGCAAAAGCUUAGGCAGAUUGGCCUGAAUUACGACAUUGCCAAUGCCAAGGGUGUCUUUGAACUCUCUGAGGAAGAGCAGAAGAAGAAAGAACAGAAGAGGAGAGAGAUAGCCGAGAAGAAGAAAGAGAAGAAGGAAGCAAGAGAAAAAGAGAAAGCAGAGUUUGAAGCUUGGAGAAAGGAGAAGAUAGACUUUGAAGCCUGGAAGAAGGAAGAGAGAGCCGAGUAUGAUGCUUGGAAGAAAGAGAAGAAAGAACACGAGAUGGGAGAGAAGGUUGAAGAAGCAAGCAAGCCCGAGAAAGUGCUCCAGGACAGCGUUUCGCCCACAACGCAAACUGAUGCCACUGCUGGUGCGACCGAGGACGUUCGUCAGGACACUGACGAACCCACCCCGUCUAAUGCAGAUGACAGGCCAAGCUCUCCCACUAUUCUCUCAGUUCAGCUCGAAGGCUCUCUAGACAAGAACGAGCCAGCUACUGAGCCCGCACUUGAACCGCGCGAGUCCAGCGACAAUGGAGAGGCAAACCAUACACCCACCUCCGAGGUCCAUCCUGAUGAUCCCGAAAGCGAUGACCCCAACCCCAGCAGCAGCACAUCUCCUCAAACUCGUAUCAUCCGUUCACAGCCUUCAAUCGCAUCUCAUCACCGCCCUCUACCACCGCCAGACUACCGCGGCUUCCCAAAUUAUGCUGUUUCUGGCGAAGUACCCCCUCCCCCUCCACCAGUUACUCCUGCGAAGGAAUUGCCCAAGCCAUGGAACGCGGUGUGUGUACUCGGUUUGAGAGUGUAUAGUCAGGAUCCUGAGGUGAGCAUCAAAUUGGUGAAGCCGAAAGAUGUCGAAGAAGGUGCAAUCUUGGAUGUUGAUGGGGAUACGGCGGCGGGGGCGACGAUGUGA